UGGUCUGUUGAUAGUGAGAAUUCGAAAUGUAGAUGUUCAGAGAUCGCAUAAUGACACAACCAUGUCUUCAUUGGUGGCUUAUGAAGAGUCAGAUUCAGACUCUGAGGAUAAAAUCAAAACCGUUGAUGGGGAAACUUCUUUCUCCUCGGCAUCAUCCGUCUGGACAAAGAAGGACCCAGUUGUUGAAACGUAUCCUGCACCGCCCUCAAGCCAUGUCCAUUACACAGCUCUUAAACCAACGUCAAAUCAAAACACACCUGUCCAUCUACAUGAAAAUCAAAACAGGAAUACACCAGCAAAGCCUCUACUACAUGUCCAUACCCAUGGCCACUCUUCAAAUGCCUCUAAAAGACAGCUUCCCUCUUCUGUCAGACCUUAUGUUCCCAAGAGGCAGAGACACGCUCCAGUUGAAAGCUCAGAGUCGUUGGAUGCACCAGAGCACGUCCAGAGGGAGGAGAGGCCUGUCCUGUCAGAAGUGUCCCCCACAGUGAAGCAGUGCCUGUCCCAGAAGAGGCCAGUGGUGUCGGGGGUCCCCAGGAGACUUCUCAUGAGCCUGGGAGGGCAUCAGGGUCCAGUCAACACAGUCAAAUGGUGCCCAGUUCCUCACCUCAGUCACCUGCUGCUGUCCGCGUCCAUGGACAAGACCUUUAAGGUGUGGGACGGAGCAGAGAGCGGUCACUGCCUCCGGCUCUACACCUGUCACUCAGAAGCAGUCAGGGCGGCCUGCUGGAGCACCCACGGGAGACACAUCCUCACCGGGUCCUUCGACAACUCUGCAGCGCUGACAGAUGUGGAGACAGGUCAUCCAAUUGUGAAAUUGGACGCCCAGUUCCGAGUGAUGUGUGUGGCCGUGCACCCAGCCCAAACAGAGGUGGUACUGUGUGGAGGCUACAGCCCGGCGGUGAAGGCCUGGGACACUCGCACCGCAAAGGUGGUGAGAGAGUACAAAGCAGCUGUGCAGCAGACCCUGGACGUCCUGUUCCUGAGAGGAGGAGAGGAGCUGGUCAGCAGCACAGACUGUGUGAGCCGAGACUCUGCUGACCGUACACUGAUCGCGUGGGACUACAGCACCACAGCCCGGAUCUCCAACCAGAUCUACCAUGAGCGCUACACUUGCCCCAGCCUGGCUCUCCAUCCUGUAGAAGAGUCCUUUGUGGCCCAGACCAAUGGAAACUACCUGGCCUUGUUCUCUUCUCAGCGCCCCUACAGGAUGAACAAGAGACGCAGAUAUGAAGGACACAAGGUGGAGGGCUUUGCGGUGCAAUGCAGUUUCUCGCCUGAUGGGACCCUCCUUGCCUCGGGCAGCUCCAGGGGCUCAGUUCAUUUCUUUGACUUCCACAGUGGUCAGAUGAUACAUACACUCCGAGCCCAUAGCCAGGCCUGUGUGAGCGUGUCCCCCCACCCCAUCCUGCCCACCACCACAGCCACCUGCGCCUGGGACGGAGAGGUCAAGGUCUGGGUGUGAUGGGAGCAAGAGGUGAUCAGGGGAACAGCAGAAACACUCCAGAUGAAAAUGAAGGAGAAGACAGAGAUCUGAGUCCACAAUGGGCGCUUCAGGGGCCUACUAAAGCACUGUUUAAUUUGGUUUAUAUGUAGAGAUUUUAUAAAAUAUUAUAUAAACCAAUUUAUGUCCCCAGAUGUGUCAGAAGCUUUUUUAAAUCAAAUAUUGGUGUUAAGGUUACACAUCAUCUGCAUUUGACCCAUCCUUCAGCGUUGCAGGACAUACUCAUAUCAUAUCAUAUAAAGUUGUUUGGAUUUAUUUGGAUUUAUUGGUUUGAAUCUCAAUCAAAAAAUGUAAUGAGUUCUUCAUUUUGGGUUGCCUGUGUUUACAAAUAUGGCAACUAAUGGCAUCAUCAAUGGUGCAUUUAAAUUGUGAUUGUAGUUCAAGGAGUGUUUUCUUCAUACGCUAAAUUUAAACCCCCUUCAUGUAACUUUUUAACCAAAUAAAUAUUGUAAAUAAAAUCGACUAAAAUAAAAACAGGUUUUUUUU